ACUGACCCUCUUGCCCGGUCCGAAAUGGUGUUCACUGGCCUCCUCAGCGCUGCGCUCCUCGCGCUCCCUGCUUUCGCUGCUCCGCGCGGUAACGAGAACCUUGCCGCUCGUGUCGCAAGCCGUCAGGGAACGCCUCGUCGGGCGGCGAUUGGCCCUAACAACCUCGCGAAGAACAUCACCAAUGAGGCGUACAGCUCCAACUGGGCGGGUGCUUCGUACGAGUCGGCCGCGAACACCUACAAGUCGGUCACCGGUACCUUUGUUGUCCCGACCCCGUCCGCUCCCAGUGGGGGUUCUGGAACAUAUGCUGCAUCUGCCUGGGUCGGGAUCGACGGUGAUACUUGCGGCACCGCCAUUCUUCAGACGGGCAUAGAUUUCACGGUUACUAACGGCCGGGUUUCCUACGAUGCCUGGUAUGAGUACUAUCCCGACUACGCAUAUGACUUCAGCGGAAUCCCCAUCUCCGCCGGCGACACCAUUAAAGUCACGGUCACCGCCAGCAGUGCUACCGCUGGAACCGCUUCCAUCACCAACGUCUCUACAGGAAAGACCGUGUCCAAAUCCCUGACUUCCUCGGCGAAGCUCUGCUUCAAGAACGCUGAGUGGAUUGUGGAGGACUUUGAGGAGGGCAGCUCGCUCGUCCCCUUCGCAAACUUCAACAAAGUCACUUUCACAAACGCAGUCGCAACUCUCCAGUCUGGCGGCACCGUCGGACCAUCCGGCGCCGUCCUCAUCGACAUCAAGCAGAACAACAAGGUGCUGACGAGCUCCAGCGUUUCGUCGUCGAGCGUUACAGUAUCUUAUGUUUGA